AGCUGCUUCUUCGUACAUACUUCUCCUUCAUCUCUCUGUCUAACAUAUUCUUGGCUUUCUUUUGCUAUGUGGUUGUUAUUGUUGUUGAAGAUGAUGAUGAUGAUGAUGAAGAAGAAGCUUCUUUCAAUUGUUAGUGCCAUCACUGGGGAAAAUGAUAAGAAGAAGAUCGAGGGAACUGUUGUGUUGAUGAAGAAGAAUGUGUUGGAUUUUAAUGACUUCAAUGCAUCGGUUCUGGACCGGGUUCAUGAGCUUUUUGGACAGGGAGUCUCUCUGCAGCUCGUCAGUGCUGUUCAUGGUGAUCCUGCAAAUGGGUUACAGGGGAAAAUUGGAAAACCAGCGUACUUGGAAGACUGGAUUACCACAAUCACUUCUUUAACCGCGGGCGAGUCUGCAUUCAAGGUCACGUUCGAUUGGGAUGAGGAGAUUGGAGAGCCAGGGGCAUUCAUUAUUAGAAACAAUCACCACAGUGAGUUUUACCUCAGGACUCUCACUCUUGAAGAUGUUCCUGGACGUGGCAGAAUUCACUUUGUUUGUAAUUCCUGGGUCUACCCUGCUAAGCACUACAAAACUGACCGUGUUUUCUUCACUAAUCAGACAUAUCUUCCAAGUGAAACACCAGGGCCACUGCUCAAGUACAGAGAAGGGGAGCUGGUGAAUCUGAGGGGAGAUGGAACCGGAGAGCUUAAGGAAUGGGAUCGAGUGUAUGACUAUGCUUACUAUAAUGAUUUGGGGAAUCCAGACAGGGAUCUCAAAAACGCCCGCCCUGUGCUGGGAGGAUCUGCAGAGUAUCCUUAUCCCAGGAGGGGAAGAACUGGUAGACCACCAUCUGAAAAAGAUCCCAACACCGAGAGCAGAUUGCCACUUGUGAUGAGCUUAAACAUAUAUGUUCCAAGAGAUGAAAGAUUUGGUCACCUGAAGAUGUCAGACUUCCUGGCUUAUGCCCUGAAAUCCAUAGUUCAAUUCCUUCUCCCUGAGUUUGAGGCUCUAUGUGACAUCACCCACAAUGAGUUUGACAGCUUCCAAGAUGUAUUAGACCUCUACGAAGGAGGAAUCAAGGUCCCAGAGGGCCCUUUACUUGACAAAAUUAAGGACAACAUCCCUCUUGAGAUGCUCAAGGAACUGGUUCGUACUGAUGGGGAACAUCUCUUCAAGUUCCCAAUGCCCCAAGUCAUCAAAGAGGAUAAGUCUGCAUGGAGGACCGAUGAAGAAUUUGCAAGAGAAAUGCUGGCUGGACUCAACCCAGUUGUCAUCCGUCUACUCCAAGAGUUUCCUCCAAAAAGCAAGCUGGAUCCUGAAGUUUAUGGUAACCAAAACAGUUCAAUAACCAAAGAACACAUAGAGAAUCACCUGGAUGACCUUACUAUAAACGAGGCAAUGGAGAAGAAGAGGCUAUUCAUAUUAGAUCACCAUGAUGUUUUCAUGCCAUACCUGAGGAGGAUAAACGCAACUUCCACGAAAACUUAUGCCUCAAGGACUCUCCUCUUCCUGAAAGACGACGGAACUUUGAAGCCACUGGCGAUUGAAUUGAGCCUACCACAUCCUAGUGGGGAUAAAUUUGGAGCUGUCAACAAAGUAUAUACGCCAGCUGAAGAUGGUGUUGAAGGUUCCAUUUGGCAGCUGGCUAAAGCUUAUGCUGCUGUGAAUGACUCUGGCUAUCAUCAGCUCCUCAGCCACUGGUUGAAUACACAUGCUGCAAUUGAACCAUUUGUGAUCGCAACCAACAGGCAGCUCAGCGUGCUUCACCCAAUUCACAAGCUUUUGCAUCCUCACUUCCGUGAUACUAUGAAUAUAAAUGCAUUAGCUCGACAAAUCCUCAUCAAUGCUGGUGGAGUGGUGGAGAGCACAGUUUUUCCAUCAAAGUAUGCCAUGGAAAUGUCAUCUGUUGUUUACAAAGAUUGGGUUCUCACUGAGCAAGCACUUCCUGCUGAUCUCAUCAAGAGAGGAAUAACGGUUGAGGAUUCAGAGGCCCCUCAUGGACUCCGCCUACUGAUAGAUGACUACCCCUAUGCUGUUGAUGGACUUGAGAUCUGGUCAGCUAUUGAGACAUGGGUGAAAGAAUAUUGCUCAUUCUACUACAAGACAGAUGAGAUGGUCCAGAAAGACUCUGAGCUUCAGUCCUGGUGGAAGGAAGUGAGGGAAGAGGGUCAUGGCGACAAGAAGGACGAGCCCUGGUGGCCUAAAAUGCAUACUGUCAAAGAGCUGAUACAAACUUGCACCAUUAUCAUCUGGGUGGCUUCUGCUCUCCAUGCUGCAUUGAAUUUCGGGCAGUACCCUUAUGCAGGCUACCUCCCAAACCGCCCAACGAUAAGCCGCAGAUUCAUGCCUGAAGAAGGCACUCCUGAGUAUGAAGAACUCAAGUCCAAUCCUGAUAAGGCUUUCCUGAAAACAAUCACUGCCCAGCUGCAGACCCUUCUUGGCAUCUCUCUUAUUGAGAUCCUUUCCAGGCAUUCUUCCGAUGAGGUUUAUCUUGGACAGAGAGACAGUCCUGAAUGGACCCUGGACACAACACCAUUGCAAGCUUUUGAGAAAUUCGGAAAGAAGCUGGGAGACAUUGAAGAAAGGAUCAUAGAUAGAAAUGGAAAUGAGAGAUUCAAGAACAGAGUUGGGCCUGUGAAGAUACCGUACACACUGCUCUACCCCACAAGCGAAGGUGGGAUUACUGGCAAAGGGAUUCCCAACAGUGUCUCCAUCUAAAUUUACGCCAAUGAUGCCAAGAAUCAAGUCAGAUGCUGUAAAUGCUCUGAAAACAUCCACCCUCCCACAAAUUUAUAUAUAAUUUACAUGUAGAGUGAGUAAGAAACCAUUUUGAGAAAUAAUUUCUGAAACCAGUGAGGAAAGUGUCCGUUUGAAGAAGUGUGAGACUCUUACCUAAGAAGUGUCUUUAUAUUUGAAUAGUAACUGCCAAUGUCUGUGUUAAAUCUUUAUUAUUACAUGUAUUAGAUUUGGAUAUGAUGCAUGUAUGGUUUGCCUAAAAAUAAAUGCAUCCCCGAGCUUCUUCUUCAUAUA